GACAAGGACUGAAAGACGACACAAUUAUGCAGUUGUUUCUCGUCGUGGCCCCCACGCAAGGAUGACACGUAUGGGUCCGCUUGUCGGACGAAAAAUGCUGGCGGUGCAUGGAGCUGGAGGAUGGGAGGAGGGGGACGAGGAGGAGAGGAGAGGAGGAUGAGGAGGUGGAGGGGGGGGAGGAGAGAGAGCUCCGAUCGAUGCAGCCACGGGCUGCAAGCGGGCCAACGCAUCGGCGCAGCCCAGCCUCGGGGCAUCGGGAGAGAAGCGGCAAUCCAAAAAAGCAGCGCAGAGGACUGCCCAGGCGCUCGAGGCGGGGCGCCACGCCACAGGAGGCGGAGGAGAAGGGCGAGGACGAGGAGAGAAGGGAGUGGACGAGGGAGGAGGGAGGCGGGAUAUCGAGGGAGCGCAGCAGCCGCCAGCCGAGACUGCCAGCCCGAGCCAGCUCCGCGGGCCUGGAGCGGAACUGCGCCGUCGGCGCCUCACCGUGGGGACGUCUGCCCCAUCCAGCGUGGCGCUUCAUCUCGGCAGCUCGCAGACCUUGGCGCUGGGCCGUGGCACUACGUGUCGUGGUAGGGAAGCUGGAGGAAGUGGCAUGGGAUGCUCCGCCUGGAGAUCGGCCUUACUGUACCGUGCAGCCUUUCUUGAUGUAGUACUUCUGGUGGUACUCCUCGGCAUCGUGCCAGGGCUUUGCGGGCUCGAGGUGGACUAGAGGACUGCCCGCGUUGAUGCGCGUCUCCAGAGCCUGUUUCUGCUCCUCGUUGUGGUACCACACAGCCGACAUGUACUGCUGCUUCCCGCCCAUUGGGGUAUGGCCCCUGUAGAACUCAUCGAGGAGCUGGUCGUAGCUGAUCUUGUCGGGGUCGUACUCGAUGCGGAUGGCCUCGGUGUGCCCGUCCCCUCCGCAGACGCUCUCGUACGAGGGCUUCGCGUUCUCGCCGCCCGUGUAGCCCACGGAUGUUGCGACGACCCCUUCCACUGCAUCAAAUUGCUUCUGAGGCCCCCAGAAUCAGCCCAUCGCGAACGUCGCGACGUCGACCUUCUUGCCUGGGCACGAGGAAACACACAUGCUGAGGGCAACGGCCGGUGGAUCCCGUGCUUCUCCCCGAGACCGGCUGCCCCUCCCGAGUCGUCGCUCGAUGGCCCUGGGGGCCCGCCAAGGGCCCGCCCUCGGAGGCCGAAGGGGCGGCCACGGGACCCGGGGCCCCCCUUCUCCGGGGCCCGUGCUUCGGGCGCUGGCAGGACCGGGCUUCGUGGGGCGUGAGCUCGUGAUGCUGUGCGAGGGGACGCCCCCCUCCCCCGCCCCGUUCCACUGACCGGAACUGCCGCCACCCGAAGAAGAACACCAGCCACGGCAGACCUGCUUGCUGGUGACUCUGGCCAAUCUGGGGGGCUCCAGGGCCCUGCCCCAGGGAGGAGGAGGCAGGGGAGGCAGAGGAGGGGACGAGGAGGAGGAGGAGUAGGAGGAAGGGAGGGAGGGAGGCAGGGUGUGAGGAGACCGAAAACCCUCAAGACUCCUCUGUCUUCGUCCUGCGGUAGCGCACGCGGGGAAGGCGCAAGAGGGUGGGCUUCUGAGCGGGGGGUGGGGUCUCCAACAGGAAGCCGGGAGCCUCCCAGCGGGGCCCCGUGGGGCCUUCGAAGCAGGCUUCUCGGAAGCCGGGAUGGGCUCCCAGGAAAGCCCCCCUGCCUGAUGUGAGCAGACACCCACCCUUCACAGAGCCAGGGCUCGAGCGAAACAGCG